UCUAAGACCUACGUCCGCAAGUCCGACUACCAAUACCAGAAGGACUUCGGAGGCUUCAACAACUUCAUGCACAGCUACGGCUUGAAGACUUGGGACCACGACGAUAUUCAGGAGGGGAAGGCCAUUAUUGAGGCUUUCAGAGAGCAGGACCAGAAGGAU